UUUGCUCAUGUAGAUCCACCCGUAGCUGGGGUUUCAGGAUGUGUGUAUGUUAAUUGUUCACUUAAAUCCGGCGAGUCCAAUGAUCCAUUGGUGUGAUUUUAUACUGACUUCAAUACAAGAUGUUCAUAAUUCAUACUCAAUCGAAUCUUCACCGGGAAACCGUGCAAAGCAGUUAAAAUACGCUUAAAGUGCAAACAAGGGCAACAAAUAAAUCACGUGUAUUUUGCCGAUAUUUAUUAUCUGCGUUCUAAUAAGUAUGGGGGACUUCAGCAAGUGUAGUUCGAUGGGAGUGAUUAUUUGUGUAUUGAUUCUCGUUGUCUCUGCAUCGGUCACACAGAGAGUGCUGAACGUUCCCCUGUACGAGACCGGAAGACUGUGGAUGUCUCAUUGGAACUCUCCUGUGUGGAACCUUCUGACGGAUUUCUCCACAAUUUACACCUACGUAGCAUAUGCAGUCAUUGUUUUUGUACUGUACAAACUGCAUGGUAUUCUGUUUGUACCUGUCAACAGAAUUCGUUACCUUGGGGACCUAGGUUAUAUUUCAGAUGGGGAUUUAAAGGAGACGGUCAAUAGAGUAAGAAAACAGAGAAAUGUGGGGGACAUUCCCCCUGUUUAUCCCAAUGGAUGGUUUGCACUUCUGGAGGGAUUCAAGUUACAACCCGGAAAUGUACAAAACCUUUCAGUCUUAGGAUUAAACUUGGCUGUUUUUCGUGGAGAGGAUGGCGUUGCCCAUGUAGUUGAUGCCUAUUGCCCACAUAUGGGCGCUAAUCUUGCUGUGGGUGGGAAAGUUGUUGGAGACUGUAUCCAAUGCCCAUUCCACGGCUGGCAGUUCAGAGGAAGCGAUGGAAAAUGUACCAAAAUUCCUUAUUCCGAGAAAGUGCCUGAUAUCGCUAAAGUCAAAUCGUAUACCUCCACUGAAGUCAACGGAUGGAUCUAUCUAUGGUACCACGCGGAGGGAUCCGAACCAACAUGGAGCAUUCCGACAAUUCCCGAGAUAACCCGAAAGGAGUGGGUGUACAAAGGUCGUACAGAACACUAUAUCAACUGUCAUAUAGAGGAAGUGCCUGAAAAUGGAGCCGACGUGCAGCAUUUGCAGUGCGUGCACACUCCGCUGAUGACAUCAGGUAUUGAUCUACGUCAUAUGUGGAACAAGUUGUGGUCAUUUGGCUCUCAUUCGUGGUUGGCUAGUUGGGAGGCUCAUCCUCCUCCGGAAGAACAUAUAGGGACCAUGACAUUGAAACACAGCCUUAAUCUGUUUGGGAAGCAGCUCAGUGGGUUAGACAUGGAUGUCAAGGCCAGACAGAUUGGUCCAGGAAUUGUGUAUCUAACCUUCGAGUCACCAGUAGGAAAUGGAGCCUAUAUCCACCACAUUACACCCGUAGAACCUAUGUUACAAAAGCUUGUACAUAAUAUUUAUGUUCAAAGAUAUAUGCCAACAAUUGUAGCCACAUUCUUCAUGAUAGCGGAAGCCAUUCAGGUGGAAAGAGACAUAAUGAUUUGGAACAACAAACGAUAUGAAAGGAAACCGAUGUUUGUGAAAUCGAAAGAGGACUCUAUGGUGGCUAAACAUAGAAGAUGGUAUUCUCAGUUCUACUCCGAAAAUAGUCCCAGAUUAAAGUUCCAGAAAGAGUCAUUAGACUGGUGAAAUGACGUCACAAUAGGACUCUUAUAAGUGUAAUAGAGUAAGCUUGAUACUCCCAACAGGCAACCUUUGAAAAUCACCUAAAAAGUACUAAAAUAAUAAAAAUGAUGGGAUCUUUAUACGUAACUUUCUUUCUCUUAAAAGGAAGAAGCAUUAAAGUGAACAUUGUUUGUGAUGGGGGUGUCCGUCCGUCUGUUAUGCUUUGGGGUACCCAUUUCUUAUCCGCAACUCCUCCUUAUACCACUGAAUAAAAUUUAAUGAGACUUUCAUGGAAUUUUUUUCCUCUGUGAAAUACUCUUUUCAGAAGUGGCUAUCGAUAAUAUAUCAAAGGAUCUAAUUUAAUUUUGGUGGGACUGAUUCAGUGGUUAGGGGUAGUCCUAGGGUUAGGGGUAGUCCUAGGGUUAGGGCUAAGGAAUGCUGAUUAGACUUUGAUCAUAUUUUUUGCACAAUUAUAUCUUUUAUUCAUAUAUGUUGGGGGGUAUCCUCUCAAUUUACGAAUUACUCUCUCCAUGAUGUUUUCCCCCCCCCAAAAAUAGAAAUAAUGUACACAAAAUUGUGUCUUAGAAAUUCUGAUGCAUAAACAUGAGUUAUCCCCCUUAUAAAGAGGAGAAUUUCUUUAGUAUCUCUGAAUACUCUGUGAAUGACAUUUAUAUGGCAUUAUCUUAUCUGUACAAUAUGUACUGCCAGAAUACUUGCUCACUAACUGUUGAGGCAUAAAUUUAUUUUUAGCUUUAAAAAUACAUAAUAGAAUACACAAAGAAAUAUGUAGCAUAACAGUAUAUAGUUUGUUUUUCAAAUAGAUUCUGUUUAGAUUGCGAUACAGUUAGUAUUAUUAUUCAGAUGAGUGUUCAUGGCCUGCGAAGGAAACAUGAUACAGCUGAAAGUCAAACAAAUGAGAACAAAUGAAUACAGAAUUUUGAAAAUUAAAUUUUCAUCGAGUCUUUGUGUCUUAAGAUUAAACAUGUACAUACUUUCAACUUUUUAAACAUGUUUGUAAAAAUCAAGAUAUUGGAAAUCUGAAUUCCUGAGGAUUUUUGUCAAAACUUCAAGAAAAUGCAACUUCCUGUUUGAUUCAAACAGACGAUUGUAAGUACUUUGACUGGUGUGUUUUGCACUUUAAACAUAUCUGAUUGGUUGCUGAAUGUUUAAUUUAUUAAUGUAAGAACGUUAAUGAUUUUUUUCUGUCGUUAUUUUUGUGAAAGACGCAAAAACGUGGGAAAAGAGUAUAACUUGUAUUUAAACCUUACAAAUGUCAACUUUGAAAGUAUUCUUGUUUGAACUGUUCAAGGUGUGAAAGUUGGAAAAUGUAAAUAUU